CGCCCCCAUCACUACCACCAUCCUCCUCACACACAAAAGCAGUGCAAUUAGCUGACUUAAGAGAGCUGAUGCUUAGCCAGCUGCAAGAGGAAAAUAGUGAAAUAGGAAGGGAGAGAGGCAGCUGAGAAAGCGAUCACCACGGAAGAAUACAAAUAACAGCUCCCAAUUCCCUCCCAGUGAAAUCCACAUCACAAAGCACUGUCUCCUGCGAGAAAGGCAGACCUAGAUGCAACCACACAGUCAUUCACUGAGAAAGCACCACACGUCUGCAUCCAGAUCCAGGCACUGAAUCUCCUGAGCAGCCCGACUGCACUGGGAAGAAUGCGCAGCUGGGAUACAGGCAGGAUCUUCUUUGUUCUUCGUUAGCCACAAGCAUCGCCUGAGCCCUUCCUCGAGGAAAACACUGUGCAUCCAGACCAUCUCUGAGCACAAUGGGAACCACAGAAGCCACUCUGCGGAUGGAGAACGUGGAUGUGAAGGAGGAAUGGCAAGAUGAGGACUUCCCCAGACCUCUCCCAGAAGAGACAGGAAUGGAGUCACUGGGCAGCCCUACAGAAGAUGAGAAUACAUCCUCUCCCCCAAAUACUUUAAACUUUAAUGGGUCGCAUCGUAAACGGAAGACACUUGUUGCACCUGAAAUCAACAUUUCCCUGGACCAGAGUGAAGGCUCCAUUCUCUCUGAUGACUUCUUGGACACACCAGAUGACUUGGAUAUUAAUGUGGAUGACAUUGAAACUCCUGAUGAAACAGAUUCCCUUGAAUUCCUGGGAAAUGGGAAUGAACUGGAAUGGGAAGAUGACACUCCUGUAGCUACAGCCAAGAACAUGCCUGGGGACAGUGCAGAUCUCUUCGGGGAUGGUGGGACAGAAGAUGGGAGUGCUACCAAUGGACGGCUCUGGAGGACAGUCAUCAUCGGAGAGCAGGAGCAUCGUAUUGACCUCCAGAUGAUCAAACCUUACAUGAGAGUGGUGACACACGGAGGAUAUUAUGGAGAAGGUCUCAAUGCCAUCAUUGUCUUUGCUGCCUGCUAUCUCCCAGACAGUAACCUGGAUGAUUACCACUACAUAAUGGAGAACCUCUUCUUAUAUGUGAUCAGUAGUCUGGAGCUGCUGGUGGCUGAGGACUACAUGAUUGUGUACCUAAAUGGAGCAACACCCCGGAGGAGGAUGCCAGGCCUUGGCUGGCUAAAGAAAUGCUAUCAAAUGAUAGACAGAAGGCUGCGUAAAAACCUCAAAGCCUUGAUAAUUGUGCAUCCUUCAUGGUUCAUCCGGACAGUGCUGGCUAUAUCAAGGCCCUUCAUCAGUGUGAAGUUUAUCAGUAAGAUCCAGUAUGUUCACAGCUUGGAGGAAUUGGAGCAGCUUAUCCCAAUGGAGCAUGUACAAAUUCCAGACUGUGUCUUACAAUAUGAAGAAGAGAGGAUCAAGGCCAGAAAGGAAAGGGCAGAAGACAAACAAGACAUGGCUGAAAAGGAAAGCAGGACUGUGCCCUCUGCAGAGGAUCAAGAAACCAGUAUGUCAUGAAUCAAAGGACAGUUGAACAAAUGGAGCAGAAGAAUGAUGUGGUCUGGCAGUCACCCAUGUAAAUGACCUUUUGGUAUAAGACCUUGUCAUCAUCUUAUUCUGAGUUCUGAAAGAUCAUGGAGCGUGCCUCCCCCAUCUCCAAGAUGCCAAGUUCUUCAAAAUUUUGGAAACAUUUUGCUUUAAACAACAAGAAGAAAGAACAGAUAAACAAAGCAGAGAAUAGCACUUUUCAGGUCAGGUUCCAGUGUGUUCAACAAUGGUCUGUGGAGAGCUCUAAGUAGUGCAAAUAGGUAACAUAUUUCCUGUAAGUAAGUUAAGGGCAUCCUGUAGCCCAUUAGCUAUCAGCAUGGAAAAGAAACGUUUUUUGUUUAAAUUAUAAACCCUUCCCCUAACUUGCUGCUGGCCAGCACUGAGACAUUUUUCUUUAAACUGUACACCCAGUUUCCUCUACACAGGUGUUACAACAACCAUUGCCCCAGGAAAUACCUAAAGCAGGAAAUGAAAAAAGUACAUUUUCUUCCUUCCUCUAUUCACUGUAUGUUUCUUCCCAUAAAUCCCAAGUGCUCUGGUCUAUACAUUUCUUCCAGCCUUGACCUCCUCAGUUAAUCUAUUGACAGUUUCUCUGAUUAACUCAUAGUGAACCUUUCCUAUGAGUAAAUGCCAUGAUUUUUCUUAUUUGUUCUGUCUCGGUUUGCAAGGCACUGGUAAUUUUAAAAAGGGUCCCAUAUGACAGAACCUUUUUAUGAGCAUCUGCUAAAGUCAAUGCACACAUGCACACAUGUUUUAAGAAGGAGCCUUAUGGACAGGGAAGUCUUUCAUGCCUUGUCUUUAUAUUGAUUUCAUGACAUCGGACAAUCAUUCAGUAUUAAUACCUCCUAUUGCAGAGUCAAGCUGCUAAACGUUUGAAAUUUCCUACUUUCUGUCCCUGGGUAAUGAGGGUCUCAUCUAUUAAUAUACAUGCCUGGGAAAAACCUGGGUGGAGAAUGCUGCAGGACAUUGUAUCUGGGUUAGCUUCUCAGUUAUCCAAGAGAUGCAGAUGUGAUAUUGAGACUCUGAAAAUUGUUGUUCGGACCCAUGAGGAUUCUUUAACCAAAGAGAGAAGAAAAUUUAGGAAACAACCAACUGGCAAAAUCAUCUGGAAACUCCUGAUUUCAUCAAAGCCAGCAUACAUAAUCUGUUGUAUCUACCCCUUGCAGACAAAUGAAGAUGAAGAAUUAUCUGCAGGUUUCACCACUUAAAGAAUAUUUCAGGCUGGCAACCUCAAUCCACGGCUAUUUAAAAUUAACUUCACUCUGCUGUGAAAUCCCCCAGAGGACAAUUCUGGCAAAGCAAGGUUUUCUUCAACAUAGUGAUGGCUUCUCUGUAUUCCUAAAAAUUGUCUUUUUUCUUCUCAGUGCAUAAUACUGUUGCAGAUGAGAUCUUUAUUUUCCUGAAUGCUACAAAGAAGCACCAAAUAUGUUUGCUAACUUUACUUCUCAUUUAAUGUACAUAUAUGUUUUUUUUUUUUUCCCAUAUUCUUCGGUCAUAGAUGUAUUUACCAAACAGGCCUUUACAUGAAAAAGAGAGAACUGCACCCUUAACAUUAACCCUUGAUGCUGAAGAUGAAAACUUGAUAUUCUGUUUCACUGGCAUGUUUAUAAUAAGCACCAAACAAGCAUCAACUGACAAGGCUUUCUAGAAAUUUUAUUAUGAGCCCAUUAUUGGCAAUGUGAAUUCCAUGCUACAAGGAAAAAACAGCACUUUUGGAGUUUAUGUUUUAUGCCCAUCAAAAAACAUUCUGUAGUAAGCCUUCCAGACAGCAGACAUACAUUUCAAGACAGAAGUAGGAGUCAGAAAUUUUGAAAUCUUCAUAUGUUAAAUUGAUCUGCAAAGCCGGGCAGCCUUUUUCAUAGAGUCUGUCAGAUGGACUCAACAAACUCAAACAAAAAAUGAAGAAAGGCCUAUUCUGAUCAAACAAAUUUUAGCUCAGACUAUAAAUAAUCACAGAUCUCUUUGUAGCACAGAGUAUGUGAAUUCAGUAUCUCCCAUUGGUAAUACUUAAAGCUAGAUUUUCCUUUUGAGACUGUUUUUAUGCAUUUAGACAAAAUGCAAUUGCUAUGCUUUCCAAAAAAGAAUGCCAUGCAAUUAGACACUGAAAAGGGAAUCUACAAUUAUAUAGUGAACAAAAUUAGUAGGACAUUUAAUAGUGUUUCAAAGUACAGCUCAAAAUCUUUUUUGCAUCUUUAGUUUCUGAACACUUCAGUGAAAAAUGUUCAUAACAUAAUAGAAAAUACUGCUGUUAUGGAACAUGUGGACAUGGAGAAUAAGAAAUCCAGAUUAGAUUUAGCAUUGGGACCUGAAGAAACAGACUACUUCUUGAUCCUGAGCAGUAGCCAUACCAGAAGAUUUUUUUUUUUCCUUUCCAAAGAAAAGACACUGUGUCUACAUUUAACAAACAAACAAACAAACAAACUACAGAAUAAUAAGACCUGGAGACGUAACUUCCUAUUUGCUCAAGUAAUUCCUUCAGGCCAAAGUUAAUAGUUCACUUGUGAAAAUGUACCUAUCACCGAUUUCAUUAUAAUUUUAUAACUGUGUAAUUCCUAUGAAGGUAGGAGUUUGAAUACAAAAGUCAAUUUGUAACUUCUUUGAAAUAAUUUUUCAAAAAGUGCACUUUCUGAUAGAGCACUCUAAAUAGUAUGCACUAUGUUUUAAUUUGUAAAAAAUCUUUAUGAGUGUGUAAUUAUUUUUAUUCCUGGAUGGCUAUAAGUUUUUUCAACAUAGAAAAGAACUUUGAACCCAUGAUUGAUAAAAUAUAGCUAAAAGUAAAAAGUGUGUUUUUAUAGCAACAAAGAAAAGCAUCAUUAACUUAUUUCGGACAGUGAUUUUGGAUGCUACUUGAAACCAAAGUAGCUGCAAAUUCUUUGAAAGAAACACAGUGAUCAUGUUGGCAGUGUCCCUUUACUGAUCAUGCAGCAAGAUAUCUAAGUUUGAGUCUGAUAGACUAGCAUGGGCUUCAAGCAAAAUCAGAUGCAUUUUAUAAAAGAUCUUCAAAGAAAAUAUGCUGUACCAGCAAAAACUUUUGCUAGUGAAAGUGCAUUUACAAGUGCAUUUACAGUAGGACUUUUGCCAGUCGUAUGUCUAAAAAAUAAAAUGAAAUAAAUUGCAACAUUGGUAUACUAGUCAAUGUUCCAAAUGUAGACCAGACGUUGUUUCUGUCUCAUGAAAACAUCUCUGAAGGAUAAAUAUUUUGACUAAUUAAUGCACUGUAUUAUAUCAAACAGCAGGUAUUAUCAACAUUUUUCUUGCCUUGGAUUUUACCUUUCAUGAGAUUUACUUAGUUCUAACAGUGAAUCCAUAUAUAGCAAUAUUUUGGCUGCAGAAAAUUGAUUUUAUCCCUAUGAUGGCAUAUUCACAAAAAUCAUUGUAUUCUUAUUCACAGUCUAAUUAAUAACAAUUUCAGCAUCCUCCCAGCAUCAACCUACAGGAAGAAAAAUCGGAGUCCUUCCUAUAUUAAUAACAGACUAGGAAAUACCUUCCCAUCUCUUUAAGGUAGUAACAGAGGUCAGUCUAGCCUUCUGAAAUGUGAGCACUUUUCAACAUUUUAUGCAGCAACCAUCAUAUUUAUACAGUCAAACCACUUUGUUUUGGCAUAUUUACAAAUCACCAAGUUUUGGAAUUGACCAAUAAUUUUCAUUUUGAUUCACAAGGAAGACAUAGGAAAUAAAACUGAGAUGCUGCUCUCUAUAUUCAAGUUGGAUAGUUAAUAUAAUUUCUUAUGUACAGUACUGUGGAAAUGUGAGUGGUUAGAGUAUACCUCAUUGCAAUUUUUCCAUCUACUUUUUCCAAAGAUUAUUUGGUUCCAGGUAUAUAUACAUGUGUAUAAGAAAACCUAAGUGGCAAUGGUUUUAAAAGCAACACAUUCUUUAUUUUACAUAUCUAGGAAUUAAAAAAGGAAAGAGUUAAUAAAAUGCUGGUGGCAUUUAACUCAGAUUGGCCUGGCAGCAGAUGAAAAAUACAGGCAAAAUUGCUGUAAAACAAAAGCACAUGUUUUCUCUUUUGUAAUUCCAUAUUUACUGACAGUCAAAAAUACAGCAUGCUACUGAUAAAGUGAAUUUUAAAAAGUCACCAUGGCAAUAUAAGAUAAUCUAUCUCAGUUUUUUUUCCUUUGUAGUGGGACCUUUUAACCCAAACCUACACGUAAAAAUGUGUGAACUGUCAUUUUUCUAAAGUGUUUGUAAUUAGAUGGUUUAUGCUAGAAGACAUAGAUUGCCGUUAAAUAUGUAUUAUUUUUUGCUUUGUAUGUUUCUGUAAGAAUCCAUGGAUAUUCAAUUAAAAAGAGACUAACCCUUAAGCAAAAAUA